AUGUCGUCUGAGGUUGAAAGAGCGAUAGAAAAAGAUGAGGAUGAGAAUGAGGUUACUAAAACUCCAAAAGUGGAUACAGAGAAGGAAGCUGAGGUGACCCAAAAAGUUGUUCCCAUGCCUAGACCUCCACCUUCAUCUCCACAGAGAUUGGUGAAAAAGACUGAAGAGAGAAAAUAUCGCAGGUUCAUAUCUAUGUUGAAGCAAUUGUCCAUAAAUGUCUCGUUGAUAAAAGGUUUGGAACAGAUGUCUGGGUAUGCAAAGUUCAUGAAAGACUUGGUGACCAAAAAGAGGGCUGUCAGUUUUGAGAAUGAAGAGAGGCUACAACAUUGUAGUGUUAUUGCUACUAGGUCACUUGUGCAAAAGAAAGAGGAUCCUGGAGCUUUUACUAUUCCUUGUACCAUUGGGAUUUUACACUUUGCGAAAGCUUUGUAUGAUUUGGGUGUCAGCAUUAAUUUGAUGUCAUUGUCAAUAUAUAAGAAGUUGGGUUUAGGAGCUCCAAAUCUCAGUGCAAUGUGUUUACAGAUGGCCGAUAGAACUGUGAAGAAGCCUAUUGAAGUGCUCCAAGAUGUCCUCGUGAAAGUGGAAUCAUUCAUUUUUCUAGCGAACUUUAUGAUACUUGAUUGUGAGCAUGAAAGUGAUCUUAAAUCAGUAUCAGUGGUAAAUCAUAGGGUGGGGCAAGAAUCUGAAGUGUCUAUUGAAGAGAGGUUAGGUGUUGAUGCAUUAGCUGUUGUAAUAAUGAAUUUUGACAGUGAUGGUAUUGAUGACUAUGAUGAGCUAGUUGCUGCACUUGAUAGGUUUGAGUUUCGUUUUAAACCAAAACAUUUGGAAUUAGACAUGAAGAAUCGAGACACCCCACCUACAAAAUCGUCUGUUGAUGAGCUUCAAAAACUGGAACUUAAGGUUCUUCUAUCUCACUUGAGGUAUGUAUUCUUGGGACAAAAUAGCACAUUGCCCGUUGUUAUUGUUGCUGACUUGAGUAAAGGGCAAAUAGAGCCUUUGAUAUAG